AUGUUAUAUUCACAUGCAAAAGAUAUAUCGGAUAAAGAAUUAUUUGAAUUAAUAUCAGAACGAAGAACUAUGUCAAGAAUGUUAUCAGAUUAUGGAGAACAAAAAUCAACAUCAAUUUCGACAGCUAAAAGACUUGCUGAAUUUCUUGGUGAAGAUAUUAUUAAAGAUAAAGGUCUUUAUUGUCGUUUUGUUAUAGCUAAUGUACCACGUGAUGCAUCUAUUACUGAACAUACUAUUCUAUUAGAUAUAUUUCAAUGA